AUGGAAUUUGCAACAGCACUAGUGUUCAUUUUCAUUGCCUGUGCUUGUGGCAUAAUUUGGGCCAUAUUCAAUUGGAUUGCAGUGCACAAAUUGGAAAUCCAUCAUAAACAUGAAGGAUUAACAGAAUUACUUUAGGGAGCUGAAUAAGAAAAGAUUGAGACCUUGCUUGAGAUAGGAGAACACAUAUAAGAUGUAUUUGAAUUAGUUUAUUGUAGGGUGCCUAAGCAUUUUUAAAAGAGGAAUAUACAGAUUGCUCUAUGUUUUUGGCUGUUAUGGCUGCAUUGUUGAUUGUAUGUUUAUUUAUCAUAAUCUUAGUUCAUUUCACCAUGGUCAUCUUUGGCUUUUAUUUUGGGAGCAGCAACAUCAAUGCUUUGUGGCUAUUUAGGUAUGGCAAUUGCAACAGCAGCUAAUUUUAGAACAGCAUUUUCAGCAAUCACAUCAUUAGCGAAUGCGUUUUAAGUAUAUAAAAAUUUUAAAAUUUAUAAGAUGGCCUACAGAGGAGGAUGUGUCAUGGGUUUCUUAUUAGUUUCGAUAUCACUUGCCAUACUAUCCCUUCUUAUUAUUAUUUACAAUGCGAUAAUUGUUAAGAGUGAUGAAAAUAAUUAUGAGGAUUUAGUAAGAAUGUUUGAUUAUGUUGCUGCUUAUGGAUUAGGUGGAUCAACAUUUGCUUUAUUUGGUAGAGUAGGUGGUGGUAUAUAUACAAAAGCUGCAGAUGUUGGAGCAGAUUUAGUCGGAAAGGUUGAGAAGAAUUUACCAGAAGACAGUCCUAAAGUAAGAUAUUAAAUUUAAUAUUUAUAGAAUCCAGCCACAAUUGCUGAUAAUGUCGGUGAUAAUGUUGGUGAUAUUGCUGGAAUGGGAGCUGAUUUAUUUGGAUCAUUUGCUGAAUCUACUUGUGCUGCUUUAGUUGUGUCAUCAACUUAAUUAAGAGUUCAAACUGAUACAGGUUAUACUAUAGAAAUUGGAUAAUUAAUGUAUCCUUUAAUGGUUUCAGCAUUUGGAAUUGGAAUAUGUAUAUUAGUAUCUGCUUAUGCUGUUUACAUUUCAAAAGUAAAUCAUAUUAAUAAAAUUGAAUCUACNUAUAUAAAUGUACAUUAAACAACUUGA